GUCCUACUUUGUCAUCAUGGCGCCUCCGGCUCUACUUCCUGAUCACGAGCAGCUCUCUCUAUUCAUAUCCCUUAGUGGUCGAGGUUCAAGCCGACGCACGCAUGCGUGAACCUGUGGGACAGUUGCGAAGCAGAGACUGGGUCUACGAUGCGGAGCACUAUUGGCAUAAGGCCUUUGAGAGUUCCACAGCCUAUGGAGUAGCCUUGAUUCUGGCGGCCCGAAGGACAACGGAGCUCAACUUUCACUUCUUCCAUGAGACUUACAAAGCAUGUAAGAGAGGUGGCGGAGGAAGUAGGACGUCCAUGGAGGACAGCGACAAGGAAGCCAUUGUGAUCGACGGAUCAGUAGAUGGAGAGUCUGGAGCACCAGCGCAAAAUCAUGAGUCUACAAGAAGUGCAAGAAAUGAGCUUGAGCCAGCAUGCACACUAGACUUUCAUUGUGAUCGUGCAGAGAUUCUCAGAGUAUUGGAUGACAUGCUACAUGGGGAGUCGUUUGUGGCUGGUUUUGGUCAGAUCAUCAACGAGAUGAGGAUUUUAGAAGGUGAGAGAGCAGAAGCGCUGGGAAACUCUCCUGCGAAGAAGGCCGAAAAUCCGAGGAAUACAAACGAAGAUGAGGCAACCGUGGCACAUGAAGAAACGCUGCAGCCAAGUCAGAGUCUCACGGUCGCGCAAGCAUCAGAGGCUCUGAAAGUGGAACUUUUUGACGUGUUGAGGGAACUUCAUACGGAUAUCACGACAGGAGGACACGAGGAUGUCUGCGUUCCAGCCACGCUAGUUCAAGCCGCGAUGCAGGAGGUAGCCUCAGUGAGUAACAUCGCGAUGUCAAGACUGCAUGUGGCACAGCUCCACAACGAGCCUGAAGUUUGGCGGAGAGCAAAGGAAACGGAACAAGAUUUAUCGUCCGUACCCAGAGCUGCAGCAGGUGGAGCUUCACGGCCACCGACAUACGAUUUGCAAUUUCACAGUGACUUAGGCACCCAUCGGAACGAAAUCGUUCCAAAAUUGUGCAGACAAAUUGGCUGCCGGAACUACCUCGAAAUAGGAGUGAUGAACGGGGAUUGUGCAGCCGCGGUUUUGAUGGAUCAAUGGAAAUACAGCAGAGAGGACGAGGCGGCUCUCCAGGACAACGGGCAAGGCCGUGAAACCUUGACUUUAUUAAAAACCAUGCACCUCAUAGACCCCUUUGAGAAUGCUACAGCAGCAUACUAUGACCAAAUGGCACCCUGGUCCGUGGAUUACAAGUUGCAGCAACGAAGGAGAUUGAAAGUAAGUCAACGGUUCGCGGGAUUUCGGGAAGAUGCUAGUUUCCCGAGAUUGUUGGAGAAUAAAGCCAGUGUAGAAGUGGAACCGAAUCGCCCGCAAGUGAAACUACAUUUCAAGACCAGUCGGGAGGCGCGCAGAGACUUCGAACAUUUCUUGUCAGAGAAACUACACCACGCCCAAGAACACGAAGGCCACACGUUACAGCCUCUUACAACUUCUACGACUCAAUCCUCAUCAACGAGACAUGAUCCGUUGUUCGACCUCAUCUUCAUAGACGGCGACCAUUCCUACCAGGAAACACUGUACGAUUUAGAGGCUUGGAGCGAACUUGUGCGUCCUGGUGGUAUCGUCGCAGUGCAUGACUACAGUGCUGACUGUGUCAACUGUGAAUUCGAGGUGGUCCGUGCGAUUGAUGACUUUUUUGGAAGAAGAAGAAGAACAAGGCUCAAGGUCGAUCUCAAUGUCAAUUCAACAUCAUCAAACUCAAAGUUUCCAUCUCCAACGCCAACGAGAUCAAGAACAGUAUUGCAUGCCUCCCCUGAUGUGCUUGUGUGGUUUUAUGUCUGA